CCCACGGGAAAUAUCACACCCGGUUUGAGUGGGGACAUCCGUGACACGGGAGAGCCCUAAACGGGGCAUAUUUGUGGCUUGGACUGUGGGGCGAUAUACAGAUCCCUCCGCGGCGAAAGGCGGCUCGAGUUCCGGCGGCUGCAUGCGUAUAUAAACCAGGCGCCGCGGAGGCGCUGCCUUUUCAGUUGAGGACAGAACAGAGGUGGGGGUUGGAGAGCGGAACAUGUCAGGUGGUUCCACGGAUUAUAGCAGAGACCAUGGCGGCCCAGAGGGAAUGGACCCUGAUGGUAUCAUUGAGAGCAAUUGGAAUGAAAUUGUUGACAAUUUUGAUGAUAUGAAUUUAAAAGAAUCCCUUCUCAGGGGUAUUUAUGCUUACGGUUUUGAGAAACCUUCAGCUAUUCAACAGAGAGCUAUUAUUCCAUGUAUCAAAGGGUAUGAUGUGAUUGCUCAAGCUCAGUCAGGUACUGGCAAGACAGCCACAUUUGCUAUUUCCAUCCUGCAGCAAUUGGAGAUUGAUCUCAAGGAGACCCAAGCACUAGUAUUGGCCCCUACCAGAGAACUGGCUCAACAGAUACAAAAGGUAAUUUUGGCUCUUGGAGACUAUAUGGGUGCAACUUGCCAUGCUUGUAUUGGUGGCACAAAUGUUCGUAAUGAGAUGCAGAAGCUUCAGGCUGAGGCUCCACACAUUGUGGUUGGAACUCCAGGUCGGGUGUUUGAUAUGUUAAACAGACGAUAUCUUUCACCUAAAUGGAUCAAGAUGUUUGUCUUGGAUGAAGCAGAUGAAAUGUUGAGCCGUGGAUUUAAAGAUCAAAUUUAUGAAAUUUUUCAAAAGUUAAGCACAAAUAUUCAGGUUGUAUUGCUGUCAGCCACCAUGCCAAUGGAUGUGUUGGAAGUGACCAAAAAGUUCAUGAGAGAUCCUAUACGUAUUCUGGUGAAGAAAGAAGAAUUGACCCUUGAGGGUAUCAAACAAUUCUAUAUUAAUGUUGAAAGAGAGGAAUGGAAGCUGGAUACUCUCUGUGACUUGUAUGAGACACUGACCAUUACACAAGCUGUUAUUUUCCUGAAUACAAGGAGAAAAGUGGAUUGGCUUACAGAGAAAAUGCAUGCGAGGGACUUCACAGUCUCUGCUCUGCAUGGUGACAUGGACCAGAAGGAACGAGAUGUUAUCAUGAGAGAGUUUAGAUCAGGAUCAAGCCGUGUCUUGAUCACUACUGACUUGUUGGCUCGUGGCAUUGAUGUGCAACAGGUUUCGUUGGUUAUAAAUUACGACCUGCCGACCAAUCGUGAAAACUACAUUCACAGAAUUGGACGAGGUGGUCGUUUUGGCAGGAAAGGGGUGGCUAUAAACUUUGUUACCGAGGAGGACAAAAGAAUUCUUCGGGAUAUUGAGACUUUCUACAAUACUACAGUGGAGGAGAUGCCUAUGAAUGUGGCUGAUCUCAUUUAAUCCCUGGGAUGAGAGCUUUUUUGAAUGCAGUGCUCGCUGUUGCUGAAUAGGCAAUUCACAACGUGCAUUGUGCUUCUUUCUUUGGGGAUAUAUUGAAUCUUGUCUCAAUGCUCAUAACGGAUCCGAAAUACAGAUUUUUUUUGAUCAGCGAAGCGACAUUUUUGUCGUGAGCUCUUGUGGUGAAAGCCAUUGGCUUUAUCCACUUUAGGGUUAGACUGUUGGGGUUGGGUGGAAAGUCAUGGGGUCUGUACAUUUUUUCUUAAAUUUAUUUCCUAGUUCAGUAGAAGUGGUUGUAUUAGAUGUUCUUUAUCAUUUGAUAAUUUACUUAUGGACUAAAAGAUAUAAGU